CUGCAGGAGAUGAAGAGAUUUCCACGGUAAGUUUUUAGGGUUUCCCUAAUUGUUGCAUUAAUUGUUUCUAUUUUUGGGUCGAUUUUGCUUUUUCUCCUUCUUGGAUUGGAUCGAAGCACCUACCUUUGUUGAGAGAUCUAUCUUUCUUGUAAUUUCUAUUGUAAUUUUUCCUGUUAUUUGAGAGGGAUUGUGGAAGUCUAUAUAGGGUUUUCUUUUUUGUAGAGGCUGUGAUAGAUUCCUUGAGAUCCAGGGAACUCGGAGCAGAAAGGCGACCCAUCUUUAGGUGUAUUUCUUGUGAUUUCCUAUAUACUUCACUUUCCUAGGUUCAUCCCCCCUCGUCCACUAACCGCUCCUCUCUUUCUUGUUCUUCGGACAGGAUAAGAGUUUGUAUAUUUCAAAAUUAGGGUUUUGCUAGAUUUGGUGUGUCAUUUAAUUAGAUCCGGCGCUUCUUUUCUCUUCUCAUGCUCUUGAUUCUAGAGUUCGAGCACAGCCUGUAGUCACUCGGUAAUUGCCCUUUUUAUCCCCUACCUAGCAGCCAGGAUCUUGGAAAUUUCCAUUAACGGGCGGACUUUUAAGAAAUCCCGUGAACCUUGGCCGGCGCAGUUCCGGAGUGAUGAAGAAAGGGGGGAGGAUGCGUCUGGCGAGACCAAGAUACGAUUUUUAUCAAUGAGUUUUGAUAACGACGGUUCCUGUAGUCCUGUUGCUCGUACACGCACUGCCCGCGCUGCUGCCCUCACCACGACGACAGCUCUGGAGGUGGAGGAGGAGUCGAUGGAGGAUGGAUCCACGGCUGUUGCUUUGCCAUUUAGGUUAGGCAACUCGCUUUGUGAGAACCGACCAAUGGAGGUUACACGGCUUAAGCUGAUAACUGAUACGCCUACUAGCUUCCAGCUCGAUCCCCCUGAAGCAGCAGCAGUCAUGGUGGAGGGAAGAGAGGGUAAUGUUUCAAAGGGCAUGUUGGAUGAUAAUUUGGUAUCGGCUGGACUGGAUGCUGAGAGGUUGGGAACUGUCGCACCUGGGAGUGACGACGAUGAUGAUACAGGGUCUGUUGGGCCGGAACCAUCGAUUGCCAGUGAUACCAGCAGCCUCGCCGGUGCAUUAGAUGACUUAGGAAAUUUUGAUUUGGGAUUUGAACUUGGUAUGUCUGGCUCCAUGGAUGUGGAUGCAGUAAAGACUUUUGAGAUUUUAGCUGCUCCUGUUGUUGAGGAAUUGGGCGUUGAUGUGUUGGGUAUUGGUGUGAAAGAUGAUCAGGUGAAGGGUUUAACUUCUGUUGAGCAGAUGGAAGUUCAGGAAAGAAGGGCUGCUGGUUUGAGAAGCCUGUUUCUUAAAGACUGUGUGCCACUCUGGGGCAGCAUCUCCAUCUGUGGGAGGAGACCAGAAAUGGAAGACGCAGUUGUAGCUGUUCCACGAUUCUUUGAUAUACCACUCUGGAUGUUGAUUAGUGAUUUAGCUGUGGAUGGGCUUUUACCCAGUAAGAUUAGCUUGCCUUCCCACUUCUUUGGAGUGUAUGAUGGCCAUGGUGGCGCACAGGUUGCCAAUUACUGCCAUGAACGGAUCCAUCUUGCUUUGGCAGACAAGCUUGCUAGUUCGAAGGCAGGUUUGGAAGGGGUUGGUGACAGUGAUUGGCAAAAACAGUGGGAGAUAGCUUUCAAUGAUUGUUUUCUGAAGGUUGAUGAUGAGGUUGGUGGGAAGGUUAGUAGAGUAUGUUUAGGAAGCACAUCUGAAGCUAGUGGUGGAAAAAGCAGUCUAGGUUCCACUGCAAUGUCUGAUCCUAUUGCGCCUGAGACUGUUGGAUCUACUGCUGUUGUUUCUGUCAUCUGUUCCUCUCAUAUAAUUGUGGCAAACUGCGGUGACUCGAGGGCAGUUCUUUGUCGGGGAAAACAAGCCAUGCCUCUAUCAGUGGAUCAUAAGCCCAAUAGAGAAGAUGAAUAUGCACGGAUUGAAGCAGCAGGAGGCAAAGUCAUUCAGUGGAAUGGGUAUCGUGUAUUUGGCGUCCUAGCAAUGUCAAGGUCAAUUGGUGACAGAUACCUGAAGCCAUGGAUUAUCCCAGAACCAGAAGUCAGGAUCAUUUCUAGAACAAAGGAUGAUGAAUGUCUCAUCCUCGCCAGCGACGGCCUAUGGGAUGUUAUGUCAAAUGAAGAGGUCUGCGAAGCUGCUCGAAGGCGAUUGCUUCUUUGGCACAAAAAGAAUGUAGUUUCUGAUCCUUCUCAGAGAGGAUUUGGACUAGAUCCAGCUUCACAAGCAGCUGCAGAAUACCUCUCAAAGCUUGCCUUACAGAAAGGAAGCAAAGACAAUAUUACCAUCAUUGUUAUUGACCUGAAAUCUCAGCGGAAAUUCAAGCCAAAAAACUUCAAUGGGUGAGAGCUCUGAAACGAGAAAGGAGAAUUUGUUCAGCCAAGAAGAAGUUUAUAGUUUCUGUAUCUUGAUCAUCGCCGCCGUCGUCGUCAUCAUCAUCAUCAUAUCUUGAACUUUGACCAUACUUUGCCCAUUUGUUUUUAGUCAUUUGGGCUUUAGGGUGCUGUAUUAAAUAUGUAUUUUGUGCUUUAGGAAUGUUGAAACUCUUCACAUUAUUUUCUUUUAAGCUGGUAGGUCAAUGUGCUGGCAUUGUAAAUUUGAGCUCCAUUUGGGCUUUUUAACUAGUUAGAGAGGAUAAAUAUACCAAACUGCUUGCCUCUCUGCUAGAUUGUAUUCUGCUAAGGCCUCCGGGUUUAAUGCCCUGUGAGGCAUAAUAUAUGUUUAAUAUCAAUUUUAACUUUCA